AUGUACGUAUUUCUCUGUCCAUCACUCCCUCAACAUCUUCAGUCACCGAGCCCUAUAAACUACGCUCCACUGCUCCUCCGCCUCUUCUCUUACCGGUGGCCAUUAUACUGGAGCUGUGAGUCUUUUGGCCGGUUCUACUCGAGAUGUGUACGUGUGCACGACAUUGAUCGGAUCUCCUUCGCUGCUUCCCCUCUUUUUCCUCUGCUUCGCCUCUCCUCUCCUCCGGUUCGAGUUACUCCCGGACGAAGAGUCACUUCUCCACUGUGUAUCUCCGUGUUACAUCAGAACGGAGCCUAA